AUGCGCGGCGCUGAGGGCGGCGGGAUGGCGCUGUGGCGGGGGCUGCGCUGCUGCCGCCGCGCCUUCGCCUGGCUGCCCGUGCUGCUCAUCGCGCUGCUUCUGCUCUGGUCCUACUACGGAUACGUCUGCGAGCUCUGCCUCGUGACUGUGAGCAACCCUGUGGAGAAAGUGGCCUAUCUUGUAGUAUUCCAUAUUCUCUUUGUGCUCUUUGUGUGGACAUAUUGGAAGUCUGUUUUCACUCUCCCAAUACAACCAGGCAAAAAGUUCCACAUGUCCUACGCUGACCAGGAGCGCUACGAGAACGAGGAGCGGCCCGAGGUGCAGCGGCAGAUCCUCGCCGAGAUCGCCAGGAAGCUGCCGGUGUACACGAGGACAGGGAAUGGAGGGAUUCGGUUCUGUGACAGAUGCCAGCUGAUCAAACCUGAUCGUUGUCACCAUUGCUCUGUUUGUGCCAUGUGUGUGCUAAAAAUGGAUCAUCACUGUCCAUGGGUGAAUAACUGCAUUGGAUUUUCUAACUACAAAUUCUUUCUACUGUUCUUAGCCUAUUCUUUGUUGUAUUGCUUGUAUAUUGCUGCAACAGUCUUCAAGUAUUUCAUUAAGUAUUGGACAGGUGAGCUGACCAAUGCACGUUCCAAAUUUCACAUCCUUUUCCUUCUCUUUGUGGCGAUCAUGUUCUUUGUAAGCCUCAUGUUUCUGUUUGGCUACCACUGCUGGCUCGUCAGCAGGAACAGAUCCACUCUAGAGGCUUUCUCAGCUCCAGUGUUUCAAAAUGGCCCAGAUAAAAAUGGAUUCAAUCUUGGCUUUGUGAAGAAUCUCCAGCAAGUGUUCGGGGAAGAAAAAAAGCUCUGGUUGCUGCCUAUUGCCUCUAGCCAGGGGGAUGGACAUUUUUUCCCAAUGAGAGCAUUGAGUGAAGCUCGGAACCCUCUCCUGACAAAUGAGGAGCAGUGGGAAGAGGAUGGAAUAGACGAAGAGCCUCAGGGUUCUGGUGAAGCCUCAUCCCUUGCCAUAGAAAGGGAGACAUAGCAGUGUGAAAACACAGUGGUGUAAAGCUGGAUCAGAAAGCUUCCCUCUCAGGAGCCAACAUCCCUUCUCUUGGCAAGGACUUCAGUUUUGAGGGGCAGAAAACAGGCGGAUCUUCAAGAUGAGAAAACAUCCUGAAGUAUUGUCUGAUGGGAAUCUGCAUUCCAGAGUGCUUCUCCAGGAAUCCUGCUGUCCAGAUGUCCCGAGGCUUUAUAAAUUUAAGUUACAGAGUUAACAGAACAAUUUUACAGAGUGAUUCUGGCCAAUCUUCUUUGGCCUGCUCUCUUUAUUUUAUAAAUACUAUAUAUUUUUUAUUCAAAAUAGGUAAAAAUGUUGAUGCAAGUGCAUUUCCAAAGGCCUUUUCAUUUUGCAAACAUCAGGGGCUCGAGCUCUUGAAAUUCUUCCAAGCCAUAAUAUUCUUGGGGAUGGUUAUUUAUUUUGAGGCUGAUUCUCCAACCUUCUCUGACAAGUGGCAUUUUCUAAUGUAUUUAAAUUCUGAGUCAGUUCAGCUUAAUGCAAGAGAGACCCAGUUAAAUCUGGCACUAAAUUGGUAGCUGAAUAUAAGAGUGUUGAAAGCAAAAGUGCUGAACAUGCACAUGUACAUGUGCAGCUGUGAAUGAAAAUAAACUAUUCACGUUGCCAGUAUCAAGAUUCAAGAAUAUUGUGGCCAUAGAUUUUUUUAAACAUUUUUAGGGGGGUGUUAUUUUCUUUGCGUUUGGGUUAUAGUGCUCUUGCAUCCUACUUGCAGGCUCCUAAAAUGCAAAAGGGAACUUCAGACAGUCCAGUUUGCAUUAAUUCCUAGGGCUAAAGUAUCAUCUCAUUCCUGGAUCAGUGUUUGAUGGAGAUUUGUGUGUUCAUGGAGUCAGAAAGGAAGAUGUGAAUUUGAAACGUGCACUGAAAGUUUGGCUCCAAGAGUCAUGUUUGGAGUUUACACUCCACAGGGGUGGCUUGAACCCCAAAAUGCUGAAGACACAAUUUAUACAUUGAAGUUUUUCAGACUUCUUCCCAGCUCAGUGCACUGACUGGCUUCGGGGGUUUCUGCACUAAGAGGUGAUCUGAUUUGUUUCUGCAUUUUGCUGCAUUUACAGUCAAAGAGGGGUAUCCCUCUUUUGUUCUGGGGAAUGGAACUGAGACUUGGCUGGCAGGAUUAUGGAUAUUCUUCUAGACCUGAGACCUUUUUUUUAAAUCUGCAUGAUUCAGCCCAGUCCAUCAUUCUUGUUUGAAUUAGGUGCAUGCUAAAAGUAUUGGUGUAGUGCCUCCAAGAUAAUUUAGUACCAUUUUCUAUCCCAUUUUUGUGUUUGUUUAUCAGCCCACUGGUGUUGGCAGUGACUACAGGAGCAGCUGUGCAUGUCAGGAGAAAGGAGCUGAUGAGUGAGUUUGGUGAUGGAGGCUUUGCCUACAGCUUAAACCCCUUUUUCCUCUGUUCCUCUGCUGCUGCUGCCACAGGGAAUGUGUCUGUGAGCCUGGAGAGCUUUGCAGAGGUUCCUAACCUAAGAGAAGGUGUUUCACUCCUGGCUGAUCCGUGCCCUGUGGGCAGGAUUUUGUCCCUCAGCCUGUGCAGUUUGUGUGGAGCAGGCAGUGCUGACCUCCCUGCGAUGUCUCACUGCUGAAUUUGGUUGUGAAGGGCCAAGGUGGGCUGGCCCAGGCUCGUGUGGGUUUGUGUCUCUCCUCAGGGUGGCCCUGAACACUGAAAAUGUUCCUGCUUCAGCCACCUGAGCCCCAUCUGUUGAGUGGCUCUGUCACCAAAUGGCUGCUGAGUGCUGGAAGGGUUUUUCCUGUCAAUCUAAAGCUGCAUUUCUAAUGUAAAUCUGGUGUUGGACCUUGUGCUGUGUGUGAUGCAAGGUGGCAGCUGAAUUAAUCCCCUCAUUCCUGGCAAAAUGUGCUCUGGAGGGGGAGCUUGAGAGGAUGAUGGCACCUAAACACAGCCAGAAUUUAGCACCCACAGAGGUGCUAUUUGUGCCUUUAAAAACUUUAAAUUCCUUGUAUAUAAAACCAGGAAGGUGAUUUGGUGACUCUGUUUCAUCCUGCCAGCUGAAGUGUAUUUUUCCAGAGCUUUUGUGGAUUUACAGGAGUUUUCUGAGCAGGUUCUUGUGCCCUUCCUGGGUUUGGUUCUGGUUACAGCCCUGCCAUUAUUUGAGUUGUUUCCUUGCCAGAGCAGCAGCAGCAGAGCUGUGCAGGAGCUCCCCUGCCUGCUCCUGCUGCUGCACUGCUCAUUGGGGAGUACAGAAAAUCAGGUUUUGUCUUCUAAUGCUAAGGCAGAUAUCUUUAUGAUGGCACAGGUACCAAGCUCAGAUUGAGAAAGGGUUUUAAAUGUUUCCAAGUAACUUUUAUUCAGUCACUUUUCCUGUAAUUAAUUAUGGUCAUCUCUUCCCCUUCCCUCAAAGCAGCUCAGCCUCCCAUAGUUGUAACAAACUCUUGUCCAGGUAGAAACAAUACAAAGUUUGUCGCUUCAGAGCCACUUCCCAAUAUCCACACAUUAGAUGCUGGAAAGCUCCAUGAAAUGUGAAAGAAAUGCAAAAGUUGUGUAAAAUGAGGCAGAACAAAAUGGGGAAAACCCACAUGUCUGAGUGAGCAGCUCUAUUUUGUUCCCUUCUGCUCACUUAAGGUGAUAUCCUUAUUUUACCCCUGGCCUUUGUCCUUUUUAUGCUGACUAAAUGCACUGGAAAACAGAAGUUCCUCAGGCUGCUCUGGUCACUCUGCAGGUGACAAAAGAGAGAAUAUUCAGCCCAGUGUGUGAUAGUUUUUUUUUUUAACCUGCUCUUUUUUUAAAUGGCUCUUCAGGGGUUUUCCAUGCCCUGAUCCUCAUCCAGAGGCUCUCCACCAUCAUCACUGUCUGUAAGGGCUGUAUCAUCAAACCUCUGCCCUGCCUGCACCCUCCAUCCUGGCAGUCCAGGAGUGGGAUUCAUCCCCCCAAGUCCCAUCAACACCAAGAUACUGCAGCUCUGGGAGCUGGCCAGUGAUGCCAGCUCAUCCUGUGUGUAUCUCACACUGCCUGUGCUGGUGGCCCAGCAUUCCAGGUACGCCCUGAGCCCUCCAUGUGCCAGAGCACAUGGAGUGUCCCCACUGGGAUUGCCACCAGUGUUCAUUGUCACUCUCUGGGUGUGUGCUGCACAUGCAGUUCCAUUCAGAGAACCUGGAGGAUUGUUAAGGUUUGAGUCUCAGUGCUGGUGUCAGUUGUAUGGCUGUAGGGAUUGCUGCAGGUGCUCCACUCCAGCCUGGAGCUGUGUGGAGGCAGCAAGGCAACUGUCUCAGCCCCCUCCAGGGGCUGUUUCCUCUGCUUAGCACUGGAUCUACACUACAGCUUUCUCAGCUAUGAGCAACUUUUCCAAGUGAUGAACCAUGGGAAAGGAGGGAACUCUUUGCUGGACUUUACUGUGAUGUCUCCAUUGUUAUCCCUCUACUCCUGGAUUCAUCCUCUAAAAUAAAUGACCACUAACAGCCACCUCCUCACCUCUUCCCCUUCUCUCCCAUUUACAUUCAGGUACAAAAACCCAGACAGAGCAUCAUAUUGAUGUUUCUCUGUGUGCAACUGUCCUAAGUCCAGUCCUGGGCCAGCGAGCCCAAGGAACCAGGACUUGUGCAGCCCUCACUGCACUGCCAGGUUUCUCUUGCUGAGUUGGAAGUUUUAGGAGUAGGAUGAUCUUGUUUUCCUUCAAGCAGAGAGCACUUCUGUAUGUUUGAGGAGGCUGUACCCAGUGAGUGUGGGGUGCAGUCACUGGUGAGAAUCAGGAAGCUUCCAAAUCACACUAUGCAAUGAAUGUUUGCUUCCUGGGAGAAACAGGAGUGGAUUCAGCAAAAUCCACUCACAGCUGCAGCUCUGUAGUUCUAGAUGCUGGUCUGGACUGAAAGCACAACUUGAUGCAUAAAGUCUGUCAUGUGAUAUGAAUGUAAAAUGUCAAGGGGGAAAAAAAUUACUAUUUUUUCCCUGAAUUUAGCUAUGAAGAAUGAUGUACUGAGCAGUUACUCUUUGCAGAGUUACUCUGCUGAGCAGUUACUCUGUGCAGAGCUGUUGCACUCAUGGAAGGGUUUAAUUAGCAGGGGAAGGAGCCACUGCUGACCUUGUUUAUUAAGCCAGAACUAAUUAACUCAAAGGGUCACAUUUUCAUUUCAGUGACUCCUGUGGUACAGAUUUCUGAAAUGGAUCCAUAGUACUUGAAAAUACCUCAAUUUUAUUGAUAUUUUUCCAAUUCUAACAGCUUCUGUUUUAUUACAGAACAUUUGCAAACCUGAACUCAUUCUGAACUGAUCAGAUCAUUCAGAUCACUGAAGGUGUUUGCAUGGCAGAGGGGCUCUGGUCUGGCAGGCCCUGCACUGGCUCUGCCACAGGCUCUUCCUGCCUAGUGCUGCAUUCCUGCCCUGGUCACAAACACUGAGCUCACACCCACUGCUGCAGGGUUUUAGUCUCCUGUCCUUUUUCCAUCCCACUUUGAGUCUUCCCUCUUCUUCCUGAACAUACAGUUAAAUAUUUUCAGCUUUGAGCUGCUUGUGCUGGUUUUUUGGAUACUGUGAAGGUGAGUAGGUGUCAUUUUAUGCAGUUGUGCCACGUAUUUUAUUUGUAAUUAAUCUCUCUGUUUGUCAGGUAUUGGUUUGUGGUUCCCAUCAUCAGGCCCAGCUGGCUUUGCUUAGAGCAGGAUCCCACUUCCUGCAUUUUCUCUUUCCUAAAAGCCUCAUUUCUUCAUUCUCCAGCUUCCGUUUGGGAUGUAAACCUUGUGAAAUAAAAUGUAAGUUUACAUUUCAAAUACAAGCCUGUAAGUUGCUCAUGCCUGCAUGCUCCUUAAAAUACUAUUUUUUUCUGUAUGAGGUUUUAAGAUUUACAGCAGCAUUUGCAAAACUUAAGUGGGUAACAGCCAUUAUUUUAAAAAAAGAAAUUAUAUUAAGGAGGGGGGGAAAAACCACAACCCCAAAAAUUCCAAUGAAAAGGACAAAGGGAUCAUCUCUGCUUCUUAUUCCAGCUGUGCUUGAAAAGAAAUGCCUGCUUGCAUCCAGUGCUGGUGUCAGACAGCCCUGGGAACACGCAGGUACCUCACCUGACGGCUUCCCUACACUUUCAGUAAUUCCUGAAGUACUUCUUGAGUUAAACCUUGGACUAAAUCCCACGGGAAGCCUGGAACCAAACAAAAUGGGCCUCCCCCUCUCCUUUCUCACCUGGGGAAGCUGUGUGCACCCCCUUCCCAGCACUUCCCUCUGUAAGAGAUACAAAAGCCCAAAGUGAAAGCGUUGGUGUAUUAUUUCCCCCACACCUUUCUCUGGAGGAUCCAGGAGCCUCCAGGAUGUGUCCCAGAACUCCCUCAGCACCUGGAAUGCUGCUGAUAUCGUGAACUGCUGGGCUGGUGCAGGUGACCUUCCCUGGGAGGGACAAGGCUGUGACUGACAGCUGGGGUGAGGAGGUGGAACUGUGGUUCCUCUGUUCUGAUGUAGCUCCAUUCUUCUUUGAAAUUAACUAUAGUAUGGAAUGGCUUCCUGCUGUACUCACAGAGCUACUCCAGAGUGAUUCCAAAUCCAUUGGUGAAGCAGGGAACUUUGGGUUAGGAACACAGGAAGUAGGAAAGGUCUUGUUAUUUUAUAAAUUUAUAAUCUGCCUGCUCAGAUGGCUGCUCCUCAUCUGCAAAUGCUGUUGUGUGGUGCAAAUGGGUCCCUCAAAGAUAGAACUGAGCUAAACCUCAGGGUCAGAGAAUGGCAGAGCCGUGCUGUUGUCAGUGUAUCAGGAGGGUUUAACUCCCUCCCAGAAAAGCCAGGGGGUUCCACACACUGGCAUAGGGGGCUGGAGCAGAACCCCCACUGCAGGGGCUGCUGUGGGUCAGGGGUCAGCUCCCUUUGGGAGCUCCCUCUGGGGCAGGAUCAGCACUGCCAUUCCCAGUGGAGCUGACAGAAUUGGGACACAGCAGCACUCCCCUGGAGUGGUUUGCAACUGCAUCCAGCUGCUUUUUAGGAACCCAGCAUGGCCUGGGGCUGGCAGUUGUUCCAGUCAGAACGGGUGGCUUAAUAUACAUCCCUCCCCCCUAAUUCAAUGGGAAGUAAUUAUUUUGCAAGGAAUGUCACACCGGAUUGAUGCCCACCUUUGGGGUGUUGUAUUUAGGAGUUUUAUGCUGCUGCUGCUGGCAUUGAGACUUUUGAUAUCAAAUGGGUUUUUACAAAAGCCUUGGAUACUCAUUUUUACUGUGAACCAAUGCUCUGACUAUGCUGAUGCUCUGUGGAGUUUCACUGGCAUUUUCCAAGUGUUUGUACAGUUUCUACAGCUGAAUAUCCUGUAUGUUCUGCUUUGUUGUUUUUUUAUUAUGGUUUAUACUGCACUGCAGGCAAGGACUGCAUUAAAACCAUUUUUGGCUAAUUCA